CUCUACCCACCAACUAGACUUUCUGCUGUGAAAGCAUCUGCCCUUGUUCGACAGUGUUCAAGUAACACGGCGACUGCAUGAAUGGAAUUUUCAAACUCCGAGUAUGCGGGAUAUCCUAGAAAGGCAACUGUCGGAACACGGAAGCAAAGUCGCGGAUCAAGACCUGAGGUAUCGGUGUGCAUGCAGAGGUCAUGAGUCAGCGGGAUUCAGCCUUAUCGUGCGUGUGGCCAUGCUCAAGAGGCUUAGUUGCAUAUUGUUUGUAGCCAUUCUGCUUUCUGGCUCUGGGUGCUACGUUGCACGACCAAACGGUGCAGUGUUUCUUGGGCAUCGGAUGGAUUGGUAACGUCACAAAAUAGAUAUUGUACCCACAUACUCAAUCCUUACGCGCGGUGAGAAGA